UCUUUGCUACCACCUACUCAAAAUUUCAUUCCGCGUCAACUCCACGACGUUUGGUCUGCGAACGCGGUCUCUGCUCCUCGUGAUCCUGCCGGGGUUAUCAAGCAUAAGCCAGACAUUUUGCUGGAUAUUCGGAGCGACUGUUUGUCAGCAUUUUGUGAGCUUCGUGCACAAGAGACACUUCACGGAGAUUUAGAACCGAUAUGCUACGCAUUCCUGUUCGAUUUCGGUGAUUUCAGGGUUUGACGCCGCAAUCUUUCAAGGUAAUGCUGGAACGGGCUGCCGGAUGCCUUGAGAGCGCAGGACGGCGUUUCUUCCGGGAUUCUAAUGGCGCUAUUCGAAGUCCAAGACCGCUGUAUCCUAGCUUUGGGCAAACUAGUGGCACAAAUUCGGACUCCCCGCAUUGGCUUCCUGUCUCACCAACUUCAACCCGAGGAGUGUCGAAUACAGUAAAUGGAACUCCGACCGCAGACAGAGUUGCACCCGAACCACGGACUCCCUUUUUGGACUUUUUGUAUCCUCCACGCACACAGGAAUUUGCGGCGUCCUGUCUCAUACGAUCCCCGAGAAGGUUCACCGCACGCCGGAGGAAAAGGGCUAUUGCAACUCUUACUAGAACGUACACGUCGGGAGCUGCGAGCCUCUACCAACCUGCUGGUGCAGAUAGAUCAGGCCCCGUUAUUACUAGUCGCAAAGAUCGAGAAGAUGAACGGAGGCGGGCAAAGCAUGAUCUGUUGUCAUUGUUAGGGGAUGGCAAGCUCGGGGAAUACGACAAGGCAUGGUCACUUUACGUGACUGCAGGCCACCCACUUGAUACGAACCCGGCCCUCCUCGCGAUCCUAAGCAAUUCAGAGGAAGAUGUCAAUCACAGACGGGUUAAGAGAUUGUUUGAAGGAAUCCCUGCCGAUUCUCGGUCCGCGGAGGAUUACUUGCAUAUGGCGAAGUCGUACUUGGCGGCUGAAAGGCCACUAGAGAUGGACCGUAUAUGCCAGGUAGCACUGGAGAAGGGCCUGGGAAUCCCGUGCUGGGCUUACACUUUGGCAUAUUUUGUGAAUACUGAGCAGUGGGAUUAUGCACAACAAGCCUGGUUAUCAAAACCGACAUCUGAUGAACAAGGGCUGUGGGAACAGGUUGCAUCCUCUUUAACCUUUUCCAAUGUACCGAACGCUUUGAUCGCCCUUGCCACAUGGUUGCAGAAUGAAGUCGCUAAUAGUUCAGCACGCGAACUCGCCCGGUUCCUACUUGACCACACCUUCUCCACGCCCGGGAUCAUUGUGAAAACAGCCACAGAACCUCUGCUCCUACUUCUGAAAGAAUAUAAUGCCUUAUCCAUACUAACCCCUAGUCAUUACUUCAGUCUGAUGAAGACUCUUCAGUCAUCUGAGACCCGAUCAAUAUUCGUUCGGGCCAUUGUGGUGUACCGUAAUUUUCGUUGGCAGAUGGAAAAUGAAGUGCCACCCGCAAAGCUGUUAAAUCAACUCUUGAGACGCUUGUCUACCUUUGAAAUCACCAUUGGUAUUCGGUAUCUCUUGGAUGAGUUCAGCCUGUUUCAUGGCAAGCCCUCAAUCGAUGCCUAUAAGCACGCGCUUAUCGCCUUCUCAAGAGCUGGUGACGUGGUGAACGUCAACGAAAUAUUUGAAAGGUUCCUGUCAGAUCAUGGGAAGCCGUUGAGUCGGAGGCUUCUGACUCCCUUGUUAUAUGUACAUGCGAGAUAUGGCAAUGUACAAGAGACUCUCCGCCAGUUUGCAAGGAUAUCGGAAGAGUUUGGCCUGGUGCCGAAUGCUGUAUGCUGGAAUAUCCUUCUUACGGCAUAUGCCAAUGCUGGUGAUUUGUCUGGAAGUUUUACCACAUUUAAGAAAAUGAUCCAGCAGGGCGUGGAACCAAGCUCCCACUCUUUUGGCACACUGAUGGGACUUUGCGCUAACAGAGGCGAUAUUGACACUGUACGUCAGCUGCUCGCUUUAGCAAAACAGCGCCAUGUGCAGAUCACCGCUCCAUUUCUUGAUACCAUCGUGGAGGCCUAUUGUAACAAUCACCAGUUGAACAUGGCUGAGAGCGUGGCAGAGACUUGUCUCGGUUUGGAUGUGAAAGGCUCACGUGUGAGAAUGUGGAACGUGCUUCUUUGGAAUUAUGCUUUCAGAAUGGACUUGGAAUCGAUCUCUCGGGUUCGUUCCCGUAUGGAUGCCGCCGGCCUGCAGCCUGAUGGCAUGACGUAUGCUGCCCUCAUGCUUAGUUUGGUACUCAUUGGACAGACGGAUUCUGCGCGUCGCAUUCUCAGAACGCUUCAUCGAAGCCAUCGGAUGUAUGCCACAGAGUUCCAUUACGCCAUAAUUCUGUAUGGUUAUGUAAAGGACCGCAAUCGGGACAUGGUCCACAUCAUCUUCCGCGAGAUCAAAGAGCGUUUCAACCGACCUGGGUUCAGCUCAAGUUUGCUUGUUCUGAAAAGUCAGCUUCAGCGCGAUUUGCAGCUUAUCAAAAGCAGCAAUAGUCAGGUGGAUAGCGCCAGUGUUCGCCUUGAUAAUGCCGAGAAGUUCCUUGCGGAGACUAUCGCCGAGUUCGACACCACCAAGUUGGCUACGAAGCUACCGAUGCCCGGUGUUGGUAAACAAACGAUUAGUGACGCUUUCCCCGCUAUGUACUAUGAAUACAUCAUCACGGCAUAUGGCACAAGGGGAGCUUUUGUGAAGGCCAGAGAGCUAUUCGAUCGAUUCAUUAAAGAUCGGCAGGCGUCGACUACCUCGGAGAACGUCUAUGACAAAGCACCGUUGCGUCUACUUUCCGCGUUGAUGCUUGCCUACCUAAAGGCGGAGCAACACAAAAAGGUAGAAGAAUGCUGGAAGAUGGCAUUUUCUCGUGCCAAAAAGUUGGCCCGACGCCCUACAGUUGAUGAAUGGCUUUCCAGCCAGCUACCCUCCACAGAGAUCAUUGAACCACCUCGGCCAACUCUGCCUAAUUCUGUCGGCCAUCACAAGGAUAUUUUGCUAGACCUGGACGGUUGCAUUGCCGAGCGACCGAAGAGGUCAGCAAUUUUGCCGGCAUAUCAAUUCCUGCUGUCCCGACCACUGUCUUUGUACAUGCGUUCCCUUGCCUAUCGGAACGAGACUUCGAGGAUUCCCCAAGCCGUAGCGGACGUCGAGAAAGCUGGCUUUAUGUUGACCACUUACAAUUGGUCCACUUUCGUCCAAAUGCUUGCAUCUUCAGAGAAAAUAUCCGAUCAGACUGAGGCAUUCACUGUCUUUGAGCGAAAGUUUAUGCCAAAUUUCCCUGGAUGGAAAAGCCUUCGACGAGGAUACGGACUAAAGCCCCCUGGUGUGCCGGCUGGCAUCGACAUCAUCGAAAACCCGACGCGUGGAAAGCAUCCUAACCUUCUCGGCAAGGAAGGUCGCAAGUAUUGGAGCAAAAUCCAGCCCGAGUUCAUGCAACCUACUUAUGUCUCCAUGGUAUAUCUGGCUUCUGCCUUGCUCGGCGCCCGAGAAAGAAGCAUCUUUGAUGGAGGGGCAGAACUUGGCUCUCUUCAUAAAGCAGCCCCCCGAACUAUUGAGGCUAUCGCCGAUAUGCCUUAUCUACGCGAGAAAUUCCAGGGCGUCUUGCUCCGACGUCGUCAGGAACAAGGAGACAAGAAGGAAGACAUGGAUGGUCGUGAGCAUUUCGUCUGGACUGGCGGCAUCCUUGGAGUUGGCGGCCAACGGAGACCAAUUUUGGAAAUUGAUGAAACGACUGGUGAGCCAACUAAGGCAUAUGAUGUGGCUGAAGAACGAGCGCAGCGAGACGCCAAGUCUCAAGGAGCUUCAGUACAUCAAACCGACGUACAUGCAGCCGGUGGUGUGCAGACUCCCAAGGGCACUUCUACACCUGCAGAGAAGACCAUUGACUACGAAGAUGAGUAUGAUAUUGAGGCUGAGUCGCUGUUAGAGACAAGACGCAAUGCGCAGCAAGCCAACGAUGACUUGUUGGACAAUGAGCAUCACGAGAACAUCGACAGUGACCUUGCAAAUGACUCCUCCACCUUGACUGAUGAUCUACUUGCCAUGGACGAGGAUGCUUCAGAUGAUGGCUAUGACCAAUUGAUGGAAGAGGUUGUUGAUGAAGAGGCCAUGUCUUUCGAAGAGUCGAAAGAGCGUAAUUAGAAGGAGAAAGGUUGUUGCAUUGUAUAUACCAGAACACAAAAUGUACCAUACCACUUAUGUAUAAGAGAUAUCUAGAGAGUGUACGAAUAUUAUUGGAUAUAGUUCA